UGUUUGGUAGGUUAAUCAUGUGAUAGUUCAAUCUUUUCUCUAUCCUUCUUUUACCUAGGAUUUGAUAUAUGAGUACAAUUAGGGGAUUCUUGGAUUCAUUUUCAUGAAAGAAAUAUUGGUUUCUUUGUAUUGAUGUUUGAAGUUCUGGAGGAGUUUCUGAGAAUCUGAGUCAACGGUUUUAUCUGUCCAAAACAAGAACGAUGUUUUCUAUUAAAAUUUAUCAUCUCCUCAGAUUAUUUUACUUUGAGAAGCUAGAACAAGUUAAGUUAUCAUUCAAUUUUUGUAUAUUACAAUGUUGGUGGCAGUUCAUGUCCUGGUUCAUCUCCAUUAUGGUCUAGUUUUUUCUCCAGUGGUUGUUUUUUUUUUUAGUUGUGAUCUUUUGCUUUAUUUAAUGUUAACAAAUCUGUUUUUGGUCUGAAUUGUUAAGUAAUUCAAGCUUGUUUUUCUUCCAAGGGAAUUGUUUUUGAUGAGAUAACAAUAUACGUCCCCCAUAGCUUCGUGCUGGAGUACCCUUUUUAUCUAAUUGAACGCUAAUGACAAAUAAUAAAGAAAAUGACACCUUAACAUCAGGUGACAGUUCAUUUGGAAAGCUUCCUGAUCAUCUCCUAAUAGAGAUCUUCAUCCGGGUUCCCGUAUCUGAAUGGGUACGGAUAUGCUGUGUAAGAAAACAGUGGGCCAAUCUUUUUCGUGGAGAAUGCUUGUGGCGAGCUGCUCUAUCUACGACAUUUCCUUUGGCUAGCAAAGCUAAAAGUUGGCCUGGACCUAUCCCUCGAGGUUUGAGCAAGAGGAGAUUUGCUGCUUUAUAUGUUAGUGAGCACAUCUUUGCUCUAGAUGGUGAGAUUGAUGAGAUAGUGGGGCAUACUUAUUUGUUUCUAAAAGAGCAGCUUGAGCUUUCAUCUAUGCCUCCACCAUCUGGUAUUUUGCACGGUACCAUAAUAGAUCAGUUUAUUGCUUGUGGUAAAUCAAGAGACAUGGCUCACGAGCUUGCUUCCCAGAUAUGGUUGGCUGUUCUUGACAAUUUAGAGGAAACCGAACACACUUUUCAAAUACUUAAACGUCUCGCACAAGAGGGGGAUGUUUUUCUUCCAUACCCGUACUCAAGAUCAAUCAAAGUCCAAUGGAAGGUGUUUGAAAAGCUUUUCACUGAUUUUCGUGACUGCCUCAACCAUGUGGAUUACUAUGAUGUCUUGGCUAGUGCAAAGAACAAGUUUCAGCCAAUACCAUCUACUUGGUUAGGUCACUAAUCGACAUCAUCUGCAUAUUCAGGAUUCACGAGAAUCUGUACAUGUGAAGGUAACUCUUGCAGGGGCCUUCUGUCUCAUCCUGAAGAUAUUCACCAUCUGAGAAACUGAAACGUCCUACACCAUACGGGUAAAAAGAAACUGUAAUCACAUCUGUAUUGUUAAUAUUUGCAUCAUUUGUGUUUAUAUUUCCAAUUGGGGGAAAGGGAUGGCUUUGAACUUCUUGUACAUUGGCCAAAUAAAAAGAAAAGGUGGUGUUGUACAAUAACAAUCAACGCACAGACUCUAUCAUUAGUUGUUAUAGCACUUAGUAUGCAUACUCUUUGUAGAGGAA